AGAUGCUCGGUAGUGGCUCUCUGUUAGAUUUCCUAUUCUUGUGAAAGUCUGCGCGAACCUGAAUUUGCUUGCGCGCUGCUUUGCUCGGAUCUGCUUUAAUGACCUUAAAUUAAGUGAUCGGUGUGGAGAUGCUUUGGAGGGCUACACUGGUGCGCAAAGGGAGUCUCCAUCCUUCUGUGGAGACUGGAUAUGUAGCCAGAGCUUCGGGGGGUGUUCCCAUCAUAUGCAUCUUGGAAGUUGUGGUAUUCAAACGAUUCUCUACUUUAACCCUCAGCAAAGCCUCAUAGAUGGUAUUUGUCUGCGCGACUUCAUGGAUUUGGUUCACUGAGGACCAUCAGAAGAACAGACAUGGCAGUGCCAAAUAUGGUGUUCUCUGACGUGGAAAGUUUUCUGGACUCGCAUCCCGACUUAUUUGAGGACUACCUGAACAGAAAGGGGAAUUAUAGCAUGGUGGAGAAAUGGCUCAAGAAUCACCAGGCGAGCAAAAGUCCGGCGGCCGCAGCUCCCACCGAGCCGAGAGAAGAGAAGAGCAACGCGUGUAAGGACAGCUGGGCGAGCAAAUGUGACGGUCUGCAACGGAGAGCCUCGCAGAAAGAGCUGCGCAAAACUUUCGCCAGAUCAAAGGCCAUCAAUGUCAACAGGACAUACGACGAACAUGUCAAUUCCAGGGCCCAGGAGCCGCUGACGAGCAUGAGAAGGAGAGCUCUGCUGAGGAAAGCGAGCUCUCUUCCCCCGACGACUGCGCACAUACUGAGCGCACUGCUGGAGUCCAGAGUCAACAUCCCCCAGUACCCGUCCACAGCCGUGGAUUUUAAAUAUUACCUCAAAGAACACAACGAAAGAGAGUUUUUCCUGGAGCUUGUAAAAGACAUAUCUAACGACUUGGAUCUAACAAGUCUCAGCUACAAAAUCCUUGUUUUUGUUUGUAUUAUGGUGGAUGCGGACCGGUGCUCCUUGUUUUUAGUGGAGGGGACGGGCAACAAGAAGACACUUGUGUCCAAAUUCUUUGACGUGCACGCGGGGACUACGGUUUUACCCUCAAUGAAUUCGGAUGAAGUUCAGGUUCCGUGGGGGAAAGGGAUCAUUGGAUAUGUGGCCGAGCACGGGGAGACAGUGAACAUCCCUGACGCUUAUCAGGAUCGUCGGUUCAGUGAUGAAAUUGACAAGCUGACAGGGUACAAAACCAAGUCACUCUUGUGCAUGCCCAUUCGCAACAGUGAUGGAGAGAUCAUCGGAGUUGCUCAGGCCAUCAACAAGACCUCAAGUGGAGAACUCUUCACUGAAGAUGACGAAAAGGUGCUGCAGAUGUACCUGCCAUUCUGUGGCAUUGCAAUCUCUAAUGCUCAACUGUUUGCUGCUUCAAGGAAGGAGUAUGACAGGAGCCGGGCACUCUUGGAGGUAGUCAAUGACCUGUUUGAGGAGCAGACUGACCUGGAGAAGAUUGUCAGGAAGAUCAUGCACCGUGCCCAGACGUUGCUGAAGUGUGAGCGCUGCUCUGUUCAGUUGCUGGAGGACAUUGAGUCACCGGUGGUGAAGUUCACCAAGUCGUUUGAGCUACUGUCCCCUAAAUGUAGUGCGGACACUGAAAGCAGUUUCAAGGACAGUAUGGAGAAAUCAUCUUACUCAGACUGGCUCAUCAACAACAGUAUUGCGGAGCUGGUAGCAUCCACAGGACUACCCGUGAACAUUAGUGACGCCUAUCAGGAUCCUCGCUUCGACGCUGAGGCAGACCAGUUCUCAGACUUCCACAUCCGUUCUGUGCUUUGUGUUCCCAUAUGGAACAGCAACCACCAAAUCAUUGGUGUCGCACAAGUGCUGAACAGGCUCGACGGGAAACCAUUUGAUGAUGCAGACCAGCGUCUCUUUGAGGCGUUUGUGAUUUUUUGCGGACUGGGCAUCAACAACACCAUCAUGUACGAUCAGGUGAAGAAGUCUUGGGCCAAGCAAUCAGUGGCUUUGGAUGUUCUGUCGUACCAUGCCACUUGCUCCAAGACUGAAGUUGACAAAUUCAAGGCUGCUAACAUUCCCCUGGUCUGCGAGCUGGGCAUUGAUAAGCUGUCCUUUGACGAUUUCUCUCUGGACGUUGACGCCAUGAUAACGGCCGCUCUGAGAAUGUUUAUGGAGCUGGGGAUGGUGCAGAAAUUCAAGAUUGACUAUGAGACACUGUGCAGAUGGCUGCUGACUGUCAGAAAAAACUACAGGAUGGUCCUCUAUCACAACUGGAGACAUGCCUUCAACGUCUGUCAAUGCAUGUUUGCCAUGCUGACGACGGCAGGCUUCCAGGAGACUCUGACAGAAGUGGAGAUCUUAGCGCUUAUUGUAGGUUGUGUGUGCCAUGACUUGGACCACAGGGGCACCAACAACGCUUUUCAGGCAAAGACGGGCUCAGCCCUUGCUCUGCUUUAUGGGACCUCUGCUACACUGGAGCACCACCACUUCAACCAUGCUGUUAUGAUCCUGCAGAGCGAGGGUCACAAUAUCUUCUCCAACCUCUCGUCCACAGAGUACAGUGACCUCAUGCAGCUAUUGAAACAGUCCAUUCUGGCCACGGACCUCACACUUUACUUUGAGAACAGAAACACCUUCUUUGAGCUGGUCAGCAAAGGAGAGUACAACUGGAACGUGAAGGCCCAUAGAGACAUGUGCAGAUCCAUGAUGAUGACAGCGUGUGAUCUCGGUGCUGUCACUAAACCUUGGGAAAUAUCACGUAAGGUGGCAGAGCUGGUGACCAGCGAGUUCUUCGAGCAGGGAGACAGAGAGAGAUCAGAGCUGAAGCUCACACCUUCUGCCAUCUUUGAUCGAAACAGGAAGGAUGAGUUGCCAGGGCUUCAGCUGGAGUGGAUUGAUGGAAUUUGUGCGCCGUUGUACGAGACUCUGGUCAAGUUGAAUCCCAAACUUCAGCCGAUGCUUGACAUGAUCAAAGCUAACAGGGCCAAAUGGGAGGAACUGAACAGGAAGAGACAGCGUGGCCAGAGUGUUUCUGCACCCGCGAGCCCAUGCAGCGGUGACAGCACAGAAACCAGCGGCUGCACUGUGGCCAAAACUGGCAGCACACCCUGCUGCAGCGGCGAUGCUGAUGGCACAACAUCCAAACCUGUUAGUUAGCUUCUGCUGCCACCUCCGAGCUGAUCUCUUAGGCUUAUUUCCUCUUAAAUGCAGCCUGCAACAGAGGCAGUGCAGUGCAUGCAGAGGUUCUUGGGCUCUGCUCCUCUUCGCUUUUGCUACUAGAGAUGAGCUUUAGACUUGAGUGCGGCGCUAUCAUAGAGGUUUUUCUGCUCCCUUCAGUCUUCCUGUGCUGAAGGCUGACAGAGCUGUGUUUGGCAAGCUUGUCGGAGCAGCUACAAAUCAGCUGAUGACACCAUGUCAGAAAGGAAACUCAAACCACUGUGUCAACAUGUCAACCAGUGAGCUAACACUAACUAUUUUGGGCAUUACACAGAUUUUCGGCACAACAAGGCAUGAAGAAUAUUGGAGAGGAAUGUUUGCCUCUGUUGUGGUUGGUUUUGCUCUCGGUAUCUCGUUGCUCGCAUUUUGUCCGGGGUAACAGAGAUAUUUUUUUGUAAAUUUGUACAUAGGCUAUUGAGUUAUUUACAAGUGCUGUUUAAAAAAACUGUAAGCUCUGGAUUGUAAUGUGGCUGUAGAGUUUCUGAAGGAUAAAGGGGCGCAGAAACAGCAGGACCUGUCACAGUGCUUGCAAUGCAAAUUGAGUGCUCUGCUCCCUCCCUUCCUGUGCCUUGUUUUAAGAUCCUAAUGAAAAAUGCAUGGCCUCCUCACUGAGAUUCUUAGAUAGUAUGGAAAUCCAUGUUGAACCAUGACGUAUUUUUUGCCAUAAUUUGUAAAAUCAGUGACUGCAGUUAUGUCUUGACCCCAUGUUAGCCACAAAACAUUAACAUUAUAUACAUAUGGAAAUCUAUUUUGCCCAGUUUUAUAAAUGCAGGGUCUCACUUGUCACACACACACACACACACACACACACACACACACACACAAUGUGCCUUGAUGAAGUUGUUCUGGUAUCACAUUAAUUUCUGCAGAAGACGAAUCAUCUACCAAUUUAACACGGACCGCUCAAACAAAGCAAAGUAGUAACUCCUCACUAAACUACAUUUAAGUUAUGAAUAGAUCAAACAUUUCUGAAACACGCUUAUUUGCUUUCUGCUGGAGAGUCAGAUAUAAUCAAUCCCACUCUCUCUGUCUGUCACGUGUGAAGCUAUAGCCAGCAACCGGUUAGCCUAACUUAGCAAAGAAACUGGAAACAGGGGGAAACAGCUAGCCUAGCUCUGUUCAAAGGAAAUAAAAUCAGCCUACCAGCAACUCUGGAGCUCACUAAUUAACACUUUGUCUUGUUUAGUUUUCAUCCAUACAAAAGCCAAGUGUACAAACAACUAUUCGCUGUUUUAAAACGGGUUAUGUGAUGGACUACCUCUUGGUCAGGACGAUUCAUUUCUUGCAGCCUCCGCUGGCUUUAGCCAAGAAAUAAUUCAACACAUAAAACUUUAUGAAACAGUGAACAGCCAUUAUUACAUUUCAGAUUUUGUACAUUUUAGACAAACGGGAUCCAGAGUGUUAAUUAGUGAGCUUUAGAGGUGCAGGUAGGCGGAUUUUUAUUCUGUUGGAGUGAGCCAGUCUAGUUUCUCGAACUCUUAACUAGCUGCUGCUUUCAUUUGAGGGACAGAUAUGAGACUGUCUGAUAUCUUCUUAUCUUACUUUCCCCUAGAGCAGGGGUCGGCAACCUUAAAUACUCAAAGAGCCAUUUGGACCGUCUCCCACCAGAAGAGAAAACACCCGGAGCCACAAAACCCUUUUGACAUUUAAAAUGAGGAUAACACUGCAUAUAUCUUUUUUUUUUGUUUUUUUUUUACCUGUAUGCUAUGUAUAAAAAACUAUAGUGUGUUGCAUUUAUGAAAUCAAUGAACUGCUACAAAGAUCACGAAAUUUUAUUUCUGUAUGUAACAAAAACAUUUUGAACUCUGAACAAAAGACGCUUGGUUGAUGCUAACUUUCAAAUGAAAUACUCAAUGUUUGUUUGAGUCCUCCACGUAUUUAUAAAAUAAAAAUCCAAACUUAAAUUAUCCACCUGCAGCGAACCAAAAAUGCCAUGUGCUUCUGUGCUCCCUCAUCACUUAAUCGCGUGUACUGGAGCAUGCAGUCAGUUGUCAGCCUGAAAAUGCCGCCUGGUGUCACACAUCGGCGGUUGUGACACAUAUUUUGAGCGUCAAAAAAAUUAAAAAUGUUUUAUUUUAAUGUUACAAAAUCACCAUAAUCUUCAAAUUUAGAAGUACAUUAAAGACGAACGCCCUAAAAGAAAAAUGCAUUUAAAUUAAAUACUCAUUCUUUAUUUUCCAAAGUCACAGGGAGCCAUAGCAGAGGGAUGAAAGAGCCACAUGCGGGUUGCUGACCCCUGCCCUAGAAAGUGAAUAGCCUUUUCUCAAAGCUCGCAAAUGCUACUCAAACAGCGUUUGUAAUCUCCUGAAGACUAAGACACGUAGUAUUUGUAGUACAGAAAUACCCCAUGUAGUCAGAAGCUAUUAUUUUUUAUUUUAUUAUCAUUAUAAGUAUUUGGGGGUUUGUUUGUUUUUUGAGUGGGGGUAUGCCUUAUGAGUUGUGUUGUAGCUUUGUUAAUUGGAGUUUAAAACGUGACUGUGCACAUUGUGUGGCAUGGAUCUGUGUGCUCUAAUGUAUUUUAGUUGAAGAGCUGAAUUCGCUCCUCGCACAAUAUGGCGACUGCUGACUUUAGAACUUGAGAACAGCAAUCGAGUUACAUUAACGGAGAGAUUAUUUUAUUUUAUUUACAUAGCAGUAGAUAUGUAGCUAAUGUUUCGGUCAGUUGUCCUGUAGAUAUUUUAGAAUUAUCAGUUGUUUUCUUUACCAACAUUUGACGCUUUCCAGUUGAGGUGCAUACGAACAAAACAAAAAAACAUUCUUACAUUUUUCAAAAUUUAAUUAGAGAUUACUCUCUGCAUUUUACCCACACCAAGUGAACAAAACACACACACAAGCAUGCACAUGCACUAGAGACGCUGGGGCAGGGGGCUGCCUAGUGAGGUGCCCGGGGAGCUGGGGUGGAUGGAUGCCUUGCUCAGGGACACCACAGCUCUUUUUUCAGGGUGCCGUGUUUUUUUGUUUUGUUGAAAAAAAAACAACUGAUAAUUCUAAAACAUCUACAGGACAACUGACCUAAACAUUAGCUACAUAUCUACUGCUAUGUAAAUAAAAUAAUCUCUCUGUUAAUGUAACUCGAUCACUGUUGUCUCUCGCUGUCUUCCGCUGUCGCCGUUAGAUCACCGGAACUUUUGACCGGAAGUACUAGCCCACACACUCAAGUUUUAACGUCAGCGGUUGCCAUAUUGUGUGAGGAGCGAAUCGAAGUCAACUAGAAGAAUUUUUGAAUUGCAUGUUUUAUGCAGUAUUAAAUUCAACCAUUUGCUAAAGGAUGUAGCAAACAUGUGAGCCAACAAAUACCUCGUAUUUUGAACUUCAUCAGUAAAUACAUCAUCUCAUCAGAAAUGCAUGACUUAAAUUCAAUUGCAUCAUAUUAUGUGAAUUAUGAAUAUCGCUGUUCUAUUUUUCUAUUAGGUCUCCAAACAGGGCCAACUUCUAUUUGUCUUUUUUGCAAUGUAACGUGCUUCUUGUAUUUCUUCUUUCCUCUCCCAGUUUGGACUCUGGAUUUAUUUAAGGCGGGCUAAACUGAAAGAAACCUAAGGCAUGUAAAGGCAAAUGUGCAAUGUUUCUGUUCAGAGUUUAAAUAAAAAUAUGCUGCUACAUGUGCUCUGGUUUAUUCUGACAUCA